AUGAUGCAUCUAUAUUUGGUUGUUGCGGGGAUUGCAUUUAUUCCAAUUCAGAUGACCAUUGGUGCCAAAAAAGUAACAUAUGAAGCUCCUCCUAAUAAGAAAAAGCAGAAAAUAUUAAAUGAAGGACAAAUGGAGGCGAUAGAGCCAUCCAAAGAUGUAGAUGUAGGCAGCUUAUUUGUAGCAAGAGAACAAGGUUCUGUAACUGCUUGUACUGGUGGCCAUGGCAGAAGUGAUGGGUUGCAUGCCUAUGUUCAUUCUUUGGAUGAUGCCGUUGCUGAUAUGAAAUCACUUCUUCGGAAGGUUAUAGCUGAUAAUCCAAGGCUUCCAUGUUUUUGCUUUGGACAUUCCACUGGUGCAACCAUUGUCCUCAAGGUUGUACUUGACCCAAAGGUAGAAGCUUGCAUAGCAGGCACUAGCCCCUGUUUUUUCCUUCUUGUUGCCAAGAUACCAAUUCAGUACUGCGAACAAGAUGUUUCUCGGGGCCCAGAGGCACUCCUGGCAAAGUAUUCAGACCCCUUGGUGUACACUGGAUCCAUCAGAGUGAGAAUUGGUUAUGAGAUACUUCGAAUUGCAUCUUACUUGCAACAGAACCUGAGCAAAGUGAAAGUACGGUUCCUAGUUCUCCAUGGCUCUACUGAUACAGUAACUGAACCAGAAGCUUCUCAAAAACUCUACGAAGAGGCCUCCUCAACUGACAAAACCAUCAAACUGUAUGAAGGGUUGUUACAUGAUCUGCUCUUUGAUCCUGAACGAGGAGAAAUUUUGAAGGACAUUAUUGAAUGGUUGAAUUGUAGAACAUAA